AUGAAUUCUUCCCGUAUCGACCAGAUUACCGUUUAUACUGACGUUCAGCACCAUGAACACGUCCAGCUUAUUGAAAAGUAUGCAAGGCGUCUAUGCCCUGAAAAAACGAACAUUGUUUCGCUUACUGCAUCUCCUAACUCUCAAACCCCAUUCCUGAAUUACUGGGUUAAUGAAGCUCCAAGGGAGACUACAAAUUUAUUGACUUCAACUACCUUUAUGAACGAUUUUGAAUGCUUUAUUACCGGUAACCAGGAUCUCCGUUCCGGUGAGGUAAUUUAUGCGCUCUAUCAACGUCAAAUGCCAGUUCUUGCGCUCCACCUUGAGCAUUUAAGCGACUCCAACCCUACCUACAAUGAAACGGGUGAUGAAAAAAAACCCUCCGCUUCUACCACGAAUGCAACUCUCCUUCAGGAAGUUCUUUACCAUGAGCGGCGCCGAUUUCCUGUUACUGAGGAUGGCUGUGCUACGGAAACCCUGGAGGAGGCUGUUCAAUCAUUCUUUGAUUUUCCAUCACAGUUUGGGAGUAUGAUUGCGAUUGAAUCGGAUCGUCCAUCCGUAUUGCAUCCUUUUUCCUUACCCGCGACUCCAACGCGGACCUCUUCUCCUACCGCAAGUGGUAAUGCUCAUCCGCAUUUUCACUCCUGUACCCAGGCGAUAAAAGAGAUUAUUUGUUCUUACCUGCGCAUGGGAAGUGAGGAGACCAACCUAAGUGAAGCAGAUCCGAAUGAGACCAAAAUUAAUGCUAGGAAUGACAAACUGAUCGGUUGCCUUUCUCCAUGCUCUUUGUGUAGCAUAGAGAAGCUGAUAUGGCUUAGAUCCGAUGGCUAUCCACUUUCGUGCGUUUCUAAUGACAAAAAGCGUAUUAUACCACCACCAUUACCACUUUUCCAUUUUUUAAAAGAUCGACUUCUCCCUUACUCACCUAAUCUUCCGAAUCCCGUGAAUAAGGGGGAUUUGGAGGCUCAGCUAGGUCCGUUUUACGAGCUUCUGCGACAGAACCCUCAGCUUUAUAGCGCCCUGAGUAUCUUUGAUCGGCAUGGAAAUCGUCGCAUGCUACGAUAUCUGCUUCAACGAGGUCGUACUGUGAUCCUCAUUGAUCAUAUGUCUACCGCUUUCCAAGCGCUAUUGCGAUGCCUUCUCGCGUUUGCUAAUUCUGAUGCAUGUGCAGACGGUGAUACUCCGGAACAAAGCGUUGGGUCAGUCGAAGAUGCCUUUUAUUACUAUGCUAAGGCUCUCCUAAAGUUUGAAAUGCAUUGGUUAGAGUUACCAACUCCCUCAGCUACGCUCUUUCUUUCACAUGCAGCGGACAAGCACCAUGUGGAGAAUGGCGGAAAGAGCAAUACCAUUUCUUGUGAUCGCUGGAUCUUAAAUGCGCUUACUUCUUACUAUGAUAACUGCGCUAAGGUUCAGAAUACAGAACAUACGACGUCUCUGGGACUGGAAGUGCUGAUGUUGAGCAAGGACUCAGCGGAGUUACGCGUGCAGAACGUCGCGAGGCAUCUCCAGAAGUAUAUGGAGGAGUGCAUUUAUAACUCUUCAAUAUCGAAACCCUUUAUUCCCGACCGUUCCAGUUGA